AUGCCUCAAAACGUCAAUGCCAGCAAGAUCGCAGCUCGACGGAUACACGCCACGGCAUCUCACCUCGCCGGUACCACAUCCGCCGCCAGCUCGCCGACAGAGUAUCCGAACAACCAUGAGAAGGUGCAACAGCCGGCAGACACACAGAAUUUCCUCGACAACAAGUUUGUUGCUUCCAAGGCCACACAAUGGAUUGAUCUCCACGACCCCGCCACGAACAACCUCGUGACUCGAGUACCUCAGUCGACGGAUGAAGAGCUGAAAGCGGCGGUGGACAGCGCGGAGAAGGCCUUUCCCGCGUGGAGGGCGACCAGCGUUCUUGCUAGACAGACCAUCAUGUUCAAGUACGUGGCCUUGAUCAGGGAGCACUGGGACCGUCUAGCGGCCAGCAUCACCUUGGAGCAGGGCAAGACCUUUGCUGAUGCAAAGGGCGAUGUUCUCCGUGGUCUGCAGGUCGCCGAGCAGUCUUGCGCGAUCACUAGCGACCUCAAGGGUGAGGUAUUGGAGGUGGCAAAGGACAUGGAGACCCGCUCAUACCGUGAACCUCUUGGUAUCAUCGCUGCCAUCUGCCCGUUCAACUUCCCGGCUAUGAUUCCUCUCUGGACCAUUCCCGUGGCCACCAUCACUGGCAAUACCUGCAUCAUCAAGCCUUCCGAGCGUGAUCCAGGUGCCGCCAUGAUUCUGGCCGAGCUUGCUGAGAAGGCUGGCUUCCCGCCAGGUGUCAUCAACAUCAUUCACGGCUCUGCCAAGACCGUCGACUUCAUCAUCGACGAGCCACGCAUCAAGGCCAUUUCCUUUGUCGGUUCCAACAAGGCUGGUGAAUACAUCUACACUCGUGGUAGCGCCAAUGGCAAGCGUGUGCAGGCCAACUUGGGCGCCAAGAACCACGCGGCUGUCCUCCCGGAUUGCAACAAGAACCACUCCCUCAAUGCGAUCGCCGGUGCUGCUUUUGGUGCUGCCGGUCAGAGAUGUAUGGCGUUGUCUACUCUCGUUCUUGUCGGAGAGACCAAGGACUGGGCUCCUGAGAUUGCUGAGCGCGCCAAGGCUCUGUCCAUGAACGGUGGUUUUGAAGAGGGUGCAGAUCUUGGUCCCGUCAUCUCGCCACAGGCAAAGGAGAGAAUCGAGAGCCUCAUUGCGUCCGCCGAGAAGGAGGGCGCGACCAUUGUUCUCGAUGGCAGAGGCCAGAAGCCAGAGAAGUACCCCAACGGCAACUGGGUCGGCCCAACCAUCAUCGCCAACGUCACAAAAGACAUGACCUGCUACAAAGAAGAAAUCUUUGGCCCAGUACUCGUGUGCUUGAACGUGCCCACCCUCGACGAUGCAAUUAACCUCAUCAACGAGAACGAGUACGGCAACGGCACAGCUAUCUUCACAUCUUCCGGCGCGACCGCCACUCGAUUCCAAAAGGAAAUUGAAGCCGGUCAGGUUGGUAUCAACGUUCCGAUCCCUGUGCCGCUUCCCAUGUUCAGCUUCACGGGCAACAAGAAGUCGAUCGCGGGAGGUGGUGCGAACACAUUCUAUGGAAAGCCGGGUAUCAACUUCUACACGCAGCAGAAGACAGUCACGAGCUUCUGGAAGGCCGAGGAUGCGGUCAGCACGCGGGCGAAGGUCAACAUGCCGACGCAGUCGUAG